GAUAAGCUAGUAGCUUUGUCCUUGAAAUUCAUUGACCAUUAAUGGCUAUCCUUUUUCUUCUUCUUCUCCAACUUCCCCUUUCCGUUGUCGUUGCUCAAACCAACGGCAAAAUAAAUGUUCCAACUUCUCUGACUGCAGGAAGCAAUAAUUAUUUAUGGCUUUCACCUUCUGAAGAUUUUGCAUUUGGAUUCCAUCAGCUUGACGAUGAUGCCUUCGUACUUGCCAUUUGGUAUCACAAACUAUCCGCCCAAUUCACCCCAGUUUGGUAUGCAAAUGCAAAUAAAGGUAAACCGGUUCCAAGGAAUUCCAAACUCGAGCUAACUUCUGACAGUGCUCUCGUGCUAAAAAACGGUGCUCAAACAUUAUGGAACUCUGGAAAAACGAGUUCUGCUGAAGUAAACUAUGCUGUGAUGAAUGAUACAGGCAACUUUAUGCUGUUGGAUAAUUUUAAUAGACCCAUAUGGGAGAGCUUCAACUAUCCCACUGAUACGCUGUUGCCUUCUCAGAUCAUGAAGUUAGGUGGUUCUCUUUCUGCCAGAACAAGUGACACCGACUUCACACCGAGAAGAUUCCAGUUUCGUUUGGCUAAUAAUGGUAUCGCUGAGCUUAUUACCAUAAAUUUGCCGGGAAACCAAUCUUAUGAUACACUUGAUUCGUCGGGCUUGCAUGUAUUGACAGAAAAUGGAAGCAAAAUCUUUGUUUCGAAACUGGAAAAUCCAAUCUCAGAUCCUUUGGACUACUAUAUGAGAGUCACUCUUAAUUUUGAUGGGGCUCUUACCAUAAACUCUCACUCCAAAGAUCCGUCUGCUGCGAAUGAAACAUGGAGAACCUUAAAAUCAAUACCGAACAAUGUAUGCUGGGACGUAAAUGGAGCUAGGGGAGGUGGAGUAUGUGGGUUUAACAGUAUAUGCUCAACCCAAUCUGAUAGAAGGGCAAAUUGCACAUGCCCAAAUGGUUAUUCUUUGGUCAAUCCAGAUGAUGCAUAUAGUGGCUGCAGACCAAAUUUCUUACUGGGUUGUGAUGGUAGUUCGAGGCAAAUCUACCCGGAGAACCACUUCAUGCAGGAGAAAUCAGAUGUUAAUUUUCCAUUUACCGAUUAUGAGGUGCUUAGCUCUACUGAUAGGGAGAGCUGCAAAAAUGAAUGUUUGCAUGAUUGUUUUUGUGCAGCAGUCGUUUAUAGCCCCUUUGCGCUCUGUUGGAAGAAGAGGCCUCCACUUUCCAAUGGGAGAGUUGAAUCAUAUACCAUAACUUAUAUCAAAACAGCUUAUAAUUCGCCUCAUGUAAUCCCACUUCCUCCUCCAAGUCCAAAAGUCCCAGCAAAGGACAAGAACACAUUGGUUAUUGUGGUGUUGUCUGUACUCUUAGGCAGUUCUGUGUUGGUCAUAUUUGUGGGGGCAGCACGUAUGGGUUUCUUUUGCAUCUUCAAUAGGAAGCUCCUUGCAGUUGAAAUUUCUCCAAAUGACACCUCUGUCGAAAGUAGAUUGCGGCAAUUUACCUACAAGGAGUUGACAGAGGCCACAAAUGGAUUUAAGGAAGAGCUAGGCAGGGGAUCUUGUGGGAUAGUUUACAAAGGCGAAACGAGAUCAACUGGUCUGAUUGCUGUCAAGAUGUUAGACAGAGUUUUCGAAGACAGCGACAAAGAAUUCAAAGCAGAAGUUGACAUUAUAAGCCAAACACAUCACAAGAAUCUUGUCCGCCUAGUCGGUUAUUGUGAUGAGAAACAACACAGGUUGCUGGUGUAUGAGUUCUUGGGAAAUGGCACUUUAGCAAGAUUUCUAUUUGGAGAUCUAAAACCCAAUUGGAAACAGAGGACACAAAUUGCAUGUGGGAUCGCAAGAGGACUUGUUUACUUGCACGAGGAAUGCAGGACGCAGAUCAUCCACUGCGACAUAAAGCCUCAAAACAUACUUCUGGAUGAGUAUUGCAAUGCUCAGAUUUCUGAGUUUGGAUUGGCAAAGCUUUUGCUAAUCAAUCAAAGCCAUACAAAAACAAAUAUCAGAGGAACAAAAGGCUACGUUGCUCCUGAAUGGUUCAGGUCUGCACCCGUGUCUGUGAAGGUCGAUGUGUACAGUUUUGGUGUGUUGCUGCUAGAAAUCAUUUGCUGUAGGAGAAAUGUAGAUAUGGAAAUUGAUGAGGAAGAGAAGAGAAUUUUGACAGAUUGGGUUUAUGACCGUUAUUUGGAAGGGAAAUUAGAUUAUCUGGUUAAAAAUGACAAAGAGGCCAUGGAAGAUAUGAAAAUCGUUGAGAGAUUUGUGAUGGUUGCCAUUUGGUGCCUCCAAGAAAACCCACAUGUAAGACCCACCAUGAAACAGGUUAUGCUUAUGCUUGAAGGAAUACUUCAAGUUUCAUUACCCCCAAGUCCUUGUCCCUUCAGUUCCAUCAACUGAUCAGACCAGAAGUUAGUCUUAAAUCGAC